CACUUCUCUCCCCCCUGCUCCCGCUAUGUCUCUUUUGUAGCCAAAGUAGCUCGCUGAACCAAUCCACCGCAGUGCCUGGGACAGAUUGAGUAAAAGAGAGCGUGAGGGAUUUAGAGGAUGGGUAAGGGGGCUUAAGGGAAAACACACAGAAGAGAGAGAGAGAGAGGGAGAGAGUCCAAAACCAACCAAACCUCCCUGGUGUGAGGGUUCUUGGCUACUGACGUGUGCGCACGACUCUCGUGGAAGGAUGAGUUCAUGUAGCAGCCGUGCGUUGACCAUCCUGUCCACGGUGUUCGGAGCCUGCGGGCUGCUGCUGGUGGGAGUGGCCGUGUCCACAGACUACUGGCUGAUCAUGGUGGAGGGCAUCAUCCUGCAGCAGAAUCAGAGCAUGGAGGUGAAGAUGGCGCUGCAUUCAGGCCUCUGGAGAGUGUGCUUCGUGGCUGGAGCAGAAAACGGGAGAUGUGUCGCAUCAGAAUACUUCACUGAACCCGAUAUUGAGAUCACCACUGAAAACACUGCAAAUAUCCUCAAGAUGGUGCGGACAGCCACGCCCUUCCCCAUGGUGUCGCUGCUCUUCGUCUUCACGGCCUUCGUCAUCAGUAACAUUGGACACAUCCGGCCUCAGCGUACUAUCCUGGCCUUUGUGUCCGGCAUCUUCUUCAUCCUCUCAGGCCUCAGUCUGGUGGUGGGUCUGGUGCUCUACAUCUCCAGUAUUAAUGACGAGGUGAUGAACCGGCCCAGGGAGCCCGAACAGUUUUUCAACUACCACUACGGCUGGUCCUUCGCCUUCGCUGCCUCUUCAUUCUUACUCAAAGAGGGGGCCGGGGUGAUGUCAGUCUAUCUGUUUAUGAAGCGCUACGCCGAGGAAGAGAUGUAUCGCCCCCACCCUGCACUCUACCGCCCCCGCCUGUCCGAGAGCAGCGACUACAGCGGCCAGUUCCUCCACCCAGAAUCCUCCUGGCCUCCGCCGAAGCGAGGCCGCAGCACCUCUGACGCCUCCAGUGACAUCUCCAUCCAGCUCAACCAGGCUCCCCCACCGCCACCCAAAAGUGGGCACCACGGGCAGGGCAGCCCCCCUUCCGGGUCUUCAUCCGCAGGGAGCUACCAAAUGCCCCCACAGUCUGCCGGCUACUCCACGCACACCCUCACCAGGUCGCAUGCCUCACAUCCCCAAGGCCAGGCUCUCCCCAUGGCCAUGCCUCCAUCGCCUGUACCUCCCCCUCACUAUCACACACACAUGCACAUGAGCGCCUCCCCCUGUUAAGAAACUGGAGCAUUAGGGAGGAAAGGAGAGACACUGACUCCUCAUAAUCACUUAUUCUGUACAUUUAGAUGUGGAUGAGGGUAAAUACUGAGCUUUGAGCACAGAUCAUGUAAGAUGAAGCGAACGGAGAGGUGAUAAAAUGUAGCUUUGGAAUAAAUAGACCAAGGACAAAGGAGGUGAUGGAGAUUGAAAGGAAAGAUUUAACAGGAUUGUGGAGAUGUGACAGACACUGUGAUGGACAGAGAAACAUUUAAACAGGGGAUGAGUGGAAAGGAAAAAUAGUAAUUCAAUUUUUCAUAACAGAAAGAGCAAAAAAAGUGUUUCUUCGAAAGACUUUAGAGGUUAGGUUGAGUGACAGAGGAGGUAUAGGGGAGGGAGAGUGAGGCAGGGAGAGCAAGGGGCUGCGGUAUAAUGCGAAGAUACCGCAGUGCUGCAGGAAAUUUGUAUGCACUUGGAAAUGUACAAUGCAAAACACUGAUCACACAGACUGAGGUUGCACAUAGUUUUAUACAUGCAUAAAUCAAAAGAAAACAUGGACUACGUACCUUUUACCAAAAGGUAAAUGUGGCAAAAUAUAUUUGUGUCUUCUCUGAAUUUCUUACAUCAUCAAGUUUCAUAACUCACAAUGUCUAAAUAGUAUUAUUAAUAUAAUUAAUUAAAAACAUUAGUUUACAAUAGAUUAAUUCUGAAAUGAGAACACUGUAUGUGAAUGUUGUUAAUCUUUGUAAAAGAAAAAAAGAAUACAGACAGAAGUGGAUGACGUUCUGAAAUAUCACAAGGAGAAAUCUACUUAAUGUUUUACAUAUUUGUUUAAGAUACAAAUUUCUAAACUUCUUGUAUAUAAAAUUGCACAUGAGGACUAUUAAUAUAGCUGUUGUAAAUUAUGAAUGAAGCUUUGGCACAAGUCACAUCAAGAAAAUGUCUGACUCAUUCUGCUUUGGAUGAAGACUGCAACAGGCGCACUACAACCAACGCUACAGCCUCUGGAUGCAGCGCAUGGUGUGAAGGAGGAACCACCGACCCUGGUGGUCUGAUGCCCUCUACUGGUCACUGUUCUCCACUGACCUUGGAUCCGUUUUGGGUCACAGGUCACAACUUCUCUGUGCACUGUUAAUUCCUCAGUGACCUGCACUGUGUGUUAGUUGAUGGUGCCGCACAAAUGAAUUGGACUGAAGCUGGUGAAUGUUAGACGAAACAAGACACGCCAUUUUGAACUGCACAUGAUUCAAGAGUUAUGCUUUAAAAACUGGUUAGAAGUAUUUUUAAAAGCUUUAACGCUGUUGAUAUAUCUAGAUAACAUUAUGAAAGUAUUAAUUACAUUUGCAUUCACUGCGCAAAGCAAAAUAACACUGUUUGUGAAACACAUGUCCUCUUAGGAGAGACCCUGCUUUUCCCAAUGUUUUCAUUGGCUAUGUGAGAAAUAUGUUUUAAUGCAAACUUUAUACUGACCUCUGUUGAUUUUAAAGAACUAACUACGGUCACCGUAGGUCAAUCUGAUUAUCUUCUUGAUUUAAUCCAAGAAUCCAAGGUUUUAUCCAAGAAAUGUAAGAAAAUAUGGAAAAAUGUCUUCGUAAUGGCACACCAAUUAAUAUAAUGUAUUUAAGCUGCUUGUUUAAUUUGACCAACAGUACAAAGAUAUUGUAUAUAUAUAUGAGAACAAAAAAUGAAUUCAAUUAUCAUAUUUGAGAAGCAGAAAAGCCAAUAUUAGCUUACAGGUAGAACAAAUGGUUAUUCAGGUGUUUCAGAAGAUCAGACAUGGGUCAGAGUAGCACUUCCUUAAACAUUGCUUUGUGGGGUGUUUAAGCCUACUUUGCCAUGUACUUUAACCAUAUAAUGCUUUAUGUUUCUUUGUAGUAUUAUAUUUUCAGAUGCUUUAAAACCUUAAUGCCGAGAACCAGUUGCUCUUUAAUACUGCUAAGUAUCUCAAAGUUGUAUACUGGAUAGCUAAGCAGGACCUGUGUUUCAGAAACUGUUUUAAUAUAGAAUAGUUUAUUUAGUUCAUUGUUUUUAAAACACAUCAUGGAUAUGUUGAUAAUAUAUAUCUCUGUAAUGAGAAUUAAACCACCGUGUCAUUGUUUAGCGGCUGGUUUUCAUUAUCACUGUGAUGCUAAAGUGAGAGGGAAACACACAGAUGUCCUACAGAAUGUGUGGGAUGAAAGUCUUACAAACUAUCGAAGGAGAUAUCGUCACAUUUUCGCCUUUUUGCGGACGUUUUGUUGAUCAAGCAUGUGGUUAUUCAACACCGCCCUUGUUUUUGUUUAUGUAGUCGCACAAAUUCAUAUUGAGGUGAAGUCCAGUGAAGCUGCAGCCUUCUGUUGUGGGCUCUGCUGUUACAGUAGUGCUUACGUACCCCUACGUUUUAUAACCAAUAGGCAUUUAAGUCUUCUUGUUAAAAUCCACCUUCCAACCUUUGGACUGCUGACCCCGUUUUUACCUUUGUAUCAAUGGACAGCUGCUCUGUUCCUUCCUCUACGCCCAUAAUUCUAUUUUGAAAACAUUUGAUUAUCAUUUGCAUUCCUCUUAAACUACAGCAGAUCUUUCCUUUUCAUCUGUGGACCUCUUUGUUUUUCCCUCUCUACUACCCCAAUCUUUUUUUUUUUCUCUUUAUGAUUACAUAAAAGGGUGUAGCUGUGCUUGAUCUGCAUAAAGCCUGGACUUCUUUCAUAUAACCAUCUUUGUAAUGAAAACAAAUAUGGGCAAAACAAAUGCUUUUCAAUGCUUUAAUGGAACUGAUGCUGUAUAAUCUUGAGUUACAUAAGUCAAUAGCAGUUGUGAUUAAGAUCACUUUUCUUGAAAGUGUUGACAUCUGUCACUCACUUUCCUCUUAA